UUACUGUCAUUCAUCUGUUUUGCUUCGCCAGUGUGUGAACAAGCAGUUUCUACCAAUUCUCUUUUCUCAUCCGAGUCGUCACGUAUUUCAAAUUUUGAACAAAAAUUCUAAAAUGGUGGGUAAAUGUCGUCACAACUACCACGAGGAGUCAGAAGCUACUAUCAACAAGCAAAUCAAUAUCGAACUGAAUGCCCAUUAUCAGUACCUGGCUUUGGCUGCGUACUAUGAUCGCGAUGAUGUGGCCCUCAAAGGCUUUGCCAAGUUCUUUAAAGAGUCUGCUGAUGAAGAAAACGAGCAUGCCCAGAAGCUGAUGAAAUACCAGAAUGUCCGUGGGGGAAGAGUUGUAUUGACUGCCAUCAACCGUCCUGCCCAACAAGAAUGGGCAUCUCCUCUGGCUGCCAUGGAAUUUGCUCUGAACCUAGAAAAACAAGUCAAUCAGUCUCUACUGGAUUUACACAAGGUGGCCAGUGGUCACAAUGACCCACACCUUUCCAACUAUUUAGAGGAGCAUUUCUUGGAAGAGCAAGUGGAAUCCAUCAACAAGUUGGCCAAGCAUCAUACCAACUUGUUGCGUGUGGGUGAUGGCCUAGGAGUCUUUUUGUAUGACAAGGAACUACACUCCUAAAUGGUCUUUUCAUACUUACUGGGAUCAAGAUAGAAAGCAUCUAAAGUUUGGAGCACAUAUGUACUAGUAUACCUUAAAGUACAUUGACAUUAUAGUUUGCAGAUGCUCCUCCUAAUUGGGCUGUUGAAUAAAACCAUCCCACCAUCAAA